UGAUAAGCAACCCGAUAAAUUGCGACCAUGCGAAUCACCGUACUACUACUGUAAUGCGGGAUCUACAAUGCGAGUCUUAAGAGUCUUAAGAGUCGCAAGAGCCGUCGUAGCACGGUCGUAGCACAGUCAUAGCAUGGUCGUAUUCGUAGUCGUUCGAAUUGGUUCAAUUCCUAUUCCAACGACUACGACCACACCAUAUGUUGCUGCGACUGACCAAUGAGAAAAGAAUAUUGUUAGGAUUAGGUUAGAUUAGGAUUAGGACAUUACACACUGUACGCAUUUCAUUUCAACUAGCGAGAAAAUAGCCCAAAGAGAGAGAAGAAGAAAGGAAAAAGAUUAUAAAUUAACAUUUUCAUAAUCAUAGUUUGUGUGUUUUAAAUAUGGAUUAUAACGAAUAUGAAUAUUUGGAGUCGGAAAAUGAAGAGGAAAACGAAGAGGAAAUCGAAGAAAAUUCAAACCAAAUAGCAACCACCGUCUUGGAAGAUAAUAAAAUUCAAGAUGACUUGGAUUUAAUUGCGCUUGUUGAAGGCAACCCUAAACUUUAUGCUAAAGGAAAAAUUGGAUAUAAAAAUGUACAAGAAAAAGAAAUGACAUGGAUGUCUAUUGGCAAAGCCCUAAAACAUCCGCUAAGUGGACCAGAUGCAAAGCAGAGAUGGGAUACGCUGCGAAAUCUCUAUAGUCGCGCAAGGCGACAAAUAUCGACAUUAACAGAACAACAAGGGCGGUCAGGUUCAAGGAGAGAUAAUGUGUCAUAUGAAAACUUAUUAACACCACAAAGCAUGGCUAUUCAUCGUUUUAUGAGUCAUCUGUAUAUUCCACGAAAGACAUUCUCCAAUUAUACCAAAUUCACGUGUCCUUCAUCUGCUUCUGGAAAAAGUUUUCUUCCCAGGCCUCUCUCCAAAUCGUCAAUGAGAAAACAUCCACGACUACAUAUUUCAGAUUCAGAAGAAUCGAUAACAUUAAAUUCGCCAGGGUCUUCCGUUUGUAAAGAAAACGUUCCUGCCAACAGUUUUAAAAUUUCAGAGAAUAAGUUUAAUAAGAGUAUUGGUGGUGAUGAAAUAAGUGAUUGCUCACUCACAGUACCUAAAUCGGAUAUUAAAAAAAGAAAGAAAAUUAAUGUUGAUAAUAUAGAUUCUGUAAUUAAAGAAUCAUCUCAAACAAUAGCUGCAGCUUGCUCAGCUUUGCCAACAUUCCUGAAUGCAACUUCCAAAGCAGACACAGAAGAAGAUAAAUAUUUUAUGUCAUUCUUGUUACAUGGAUUAAAAUGUGUGCCUGAACAACAAAAAAUAAGAUGCGUGAUCAAAAUGUUAGAGGUAUUAGAAUCAUUUCAACAAUAUUGA